CACCACCCCCCACUCCACUUUGACAAUAUUUACUUAAGUAUUUCCCCCCACCUCACUCACACACAUGCUCCCCCACACUGGUUCCCUUAAAUAGUUCCAGUAGAAAAUUGUUUUUUCCCCUCAAGAAAGGAAAGAGAAAGUCCAACCGCUACGACAAUACUUUUCAGCCCUACUGAAUGAUCGUAUCCUUUCUGGCUUCGAAACUUUUGUACCUAAAAAUCGAGAGAGGCGCUGCAUUUUUUCAGCUGAAACUGUCAAAACUUGGAGAAGGGGAACCUCGGAGGCAGGCAGGAGAGGAGGAGAAUCCCGAAACUCGAUGGAGGUUGGGAAGAUGCUGUGCCUCGAGGAUUAGUUUAAACAGGGGGCUAUAAAAGAUGUAACAGAUGCAAACUGUAACACAGGGGCCAUUAACCCUUUCUCUGCCGAGUACACUCGGUCCCCACGCCCCGCACCUAUUGUCUCCUGUGCUAGAAGCUUUGCGGAAAACCUGGAAAUUUUGGCCAGAAAUGGUGAGAAGAAAAAGCAUGAAGAAGCCGCGAAGUGUGGGGGAGAAAAAGGUGGAAGCGAAGAAACAGCUCCCGGAGCAAACUGUACAAAACCUCGCCAAGAGUGUCUGGAGGCAGGACCGUUAUUCCUGCGGAGCAGGAGAGAGAGAGACCCUGAAACACGCGCCACCUAUCUUUGUGGGGAGGGAUAAUUGAAGCGCCCUGAGCGUGAGCAUCAUGUGAAAACGUGAUCGCCAAGUUUCUCUCUGGGAAAGGAUCUGGGAUAGAUUAUACCUUGAAGUCUCCGCAAACGCUUUAGUGGAAGAAAUGAAAUUCCACCUCCCUCCCUUCCUCUCUCCCUCCCUCUUGCCUGCCUCCCUCCCUCUCUUCUCCACGCCCCCCCCCCCCCCCCCCCCCCCCCCCCCCGUCAAGCCUUUGGCAUCAUUAUCCUCAUCACUAAAUCCUACAGAGUACAGGGCGGAAAACGGUGCACACCAUUCACAGAACUGGAGAACUCUAAGGGGCGAAAGUUAAAGGGAAAGAUCCCGGUUCCUCAAUCCACAUCGCCUCUUCUUAUACAGAUAUCUCUAAUAACCAGAUUUGAGAUGCACAUUAAGUUGUGUGGAUUUCUCAGCACGGUUUCUGGAACUAAAUUUUUUGCCCUUUCUCGUAUUAUUAUUAUUAUUAUUAUUUUCUUUCAAGAUGCCAGAGCCAGAGGGGGGAAAAUUGCUGCAUGUGAGCUGCAUUUUAGGGCAUGUGUGUUGGGGUGUGUGUAUGUGAUGAAUUUCUGGAUUGGAUCCCAAUACUAAAAAGUGGUUUGGCAUUUUUAAAAAGGGUCUCUAAGUAAAUUAACAUAGAGCGCUGAGUUGACCGAUCUCUGAAUCUCUCUACAUCUCAAGGAGACCUCACUACAAAGUGAGGGAGUGUGUGGAGGGAGGCAGGAGGAAAAGGAGAAAGGCCAUAGAGGAAUUUAGCAGGGAAGGAAGAGCACGAUAUUAAACGGCAUGGGGUCUAAGUUUUGGAGUAUAUAUUUUUUGAUAUUGCAAUUAAAGUAAAAUUAAAAAGAAAAGACUCCACCUUUGCUCUGAAGGGAUUGGUUAUGUAAAUAUGGAAGGGAUUUCCUGGAGAAUACAGCUUUCUACUGUAUGGUUAAUUAAAUAAUCACUCAAAAGCUUCCAACGUGACGCUUCUGUCGUAAUCCAAUCAGGUUACAUAGGUCCUAAACAAGAAAGAUAUUUUCCACAUCUGGAAGUCAGCAAUUUAGCAAGUACUGCACAUUAUUAACCAAUUCAGAGCCUACUUCCCAGGGGAAUUUUUUUUGAAGUUUAAGUGUUCUUAACCAAUGCUCUGCUGUUUUGUUAAUCAAAAAGCUGGUUUACACUGCACAUAAUUGGAACUAAUAUAGAAGUAAAUAAAGACAGCCAAAUUUGAGGAUGCUGAGCACAGGCAUUUAUCGGAAAAGGAAGAAAUCUCUCAGCCUCCAGUGGUUCAGGCUCAAUUUCUUAAAGA